AUGACAGUGCCUAAGGGUCGAAGCAUAACUUUUGUGUAUGGCCUUGUUGGCCAUCUUCAUUGGCUUUGCUUCCUUGGCACUACUGGAUCGUAUGGGGAGGUGGAGCAAGAAAAGAUAUUGGCAUUUGAUUUGGGUGCAGAGACAUUCCGUGAGAUACCUCCUCCAGAUUCUAUACUACAUCACCCUAAAAUCCGCUACCAUGUGUUAGGAGUUUUGGGUGGAAAGCUUUGUGUGAUGUCAGGUGUGGAUGAUGGUGGAUGUGAGGUGUGGGUGAUGGAUGAGUAUGGGUUGGCUGAAUCAUGGGUCAAACAUCAUGUGUUUUCACAGUUUGGUUGUGAAAUAUAUCCAUUUGGAUUCACAUCACACAGUGAGUUUCUUUUUCAAGUUGGCAGAGAUGAUCGUUAUGGUUUGUAUGAUCCAGUUGCAGCCAUGACUAAAACCUUCAAGAUAAUGAGUAAUGGAAUAAACAUAACGAAAGUUGUAGAGCAUGUUGACAAUCUUGUUUGGGUAGCACCUGCGGAGCAUGCAUGA